UCUGAGUCUGACAGCUGCACAACAUGGAGGACUCGAGCAAACAGAGCUCAAUUAACCAACUUCACGAGCAAAUUCGCUUGUUGACUGACGAAAAUGUACAGCUGCAUGAGCGAAAUAAACAGCUGGUUAGUAAGCUUGACUCGGCCCAAAACAAACUGGGUCAACAAGCUGCCUCAAAGAGUGACUUGUCAGUCAAGCUGGUCCAGUGUGAGGAAGACAAACUGAAGAUCUCAAAAGACCUUGUGGAUGUGCAGAUUGAGGCCAAUAAAAUGAGAGAGCAGUACGAAGCUGAGAUCUUUGAAUUAAAAAACAUGGUUUUAUGUCAUGAAGGAACUGCCUCGUCUCUUCAGGCAGAACGUGAUCGGCUCAGACAGGAAGUGUCCGCAGCAUCGACACGUUUAGAAAUCUCUGAGCGAAAUGAGCAUGACCUGGCCGAAGAGUUCACAGUCGUAAAGAGGAACUUCCUAUCUCUGAGAGAUGCUUAUGAACGAGAACGAACACAGUCUGAAGAGCUCAGUUCCGAGCUGCUGGCCCUCGCGCGCACACACGACACACUCUUGCAGGAGAGAGAACGCACACACAGACACACACUGGAGCUAGAGAGGGUUCGAGCGCUGCUGAGCAGAGCAUCACAGAACAGAGUCAAGCCAGAGGAGUUUGAACAGAGCAAGAGCACACUGGGGGAAAAUGGAGUUCAGAAUAAGCUGAGAGAGGAGCUGGAAAAACUCAGGAAGAGCUACGAGGAGCAGCAGCGACGGCUAGAGGACAAAGUAGUGGCCAUGGGGAGGGAACAACAGGAGAAUAAGAGAGCCAUUCAAAACACCCGACUCCAGCUUUCCCAGCAGUCUACGACACUGAUUUUGUCUCAGCAGCAGCUGAAAGAGGCUGAAAAUGAGGUUUCUAAACUGCAGAACCACCUGAAGGAGCUCAAUAGAGAGUACAGGGCGCGACUCAAACACUAUAUUCAGGACAUAACAGAGUGUGUAUCAGCAGCCGGCAAUGUUGAUUUAGGACAGAAGUUGAAGGGAUUUGUUGAAUCCAUGCUGGAGGAGAUGAAAACAUCAUACCGCUCCAGAGAAGAGCAGCUCACCAAAGCUGUCAGGACGUACCGCAAACGCAUACAGGGGCUGAGCAAUGCACAUCAACAGCUACUCAUUGCUUACAGAAUGCAACGUGAGCAGAUCCUGGCACUCCCUGAACACGCUUUAGAUGCCGGACCCCCUGAGGCCCAGUUCAGUCCCGCGGGGCCCGAACUGAGUGGUGAAACCGAGAGAGAGAUACAUAGACUGAGAGAGGACAAAGCCCGCCUGGAGAGCCAACUGAAACUGGCUCGAGAACAGAUGGCUGUGUUGUCAGAGUCUUCUCAGAAGACUGAAUUAACCCAAGAAGCCUGGGCAGAUGUUAAAAGGCAGAUCAGAGAAAUAACAAACUCCACACAGGAAGCUCAAGAGAGAGAGAGGAUUCAGCUUUUAACCAGAGCUACGGUUGCAGAGGAGCAGCUGUGUGAGCUGAAGGAGUAUGUGGACAAUCACCUGGGCAGGUAUAAACUGGAGAUAAUACGGCUGCGGAGGCUGCUGACAUCACAGGAGGGAAGGUCAAAUAGUGCAAGAGUUAAUAAUCCACGCCCACUCCACCAGACGCUCAAACACAGCAGCAAUGAAAUAUGAUGUUGCAGUUUAUAAGCUCCACCCAUUCCACUAGUAUUUAAAUGUAGCUUCAGUCACACACACACACACUCCAGUAGUCAGCGGUAAUGACGUAUAGUGUAACAGUCCAUAAGCCCCGCCCACUUUUUUAAAUCACUCAAAACAGCAGUUGUGAAACAUAUAGUGCAGCACUCCAUAAGCUCCGCCCUCUUUACUAGUUAAUGAGUCACGCCCACUACACUAGUCAGCAGAAAUUAAAUAUAGCGUUGCAAUGCAUAAGCCCCGCCCACUUUACCAGUAUUUAAAUAAAAACUCAAGUGUCACCCACUCCACUAGUCAGCGGGAAUGAAAUAGCGCAUAAGCCCCGCCACUUUUCUAGUCACUCAUGACAGCAGUUUUGAAUACAGUGCAGGAGUCCAUAAGCCCCGCCCACUUCACUAGUGUUUAAUUGUAGCUUGAGUCACCCACUCCACUAGUCAUCAGAAAUUAAAUAGCCCCGCCUACUCCACUACAUAAUCAGUCACACCCACUACUCUAAUCAACAGGAAAUAGAGUAUAAUGUAAGUCCAUAAGCCCCACCUACUUUACUAGUAAUAAUAGUUAUGAAAGUACUGCAGUAGUUCUAAAGCUCCGCCCUCUCCACUAGUAAAUAAUGAGGCACGCCCACUACACUAGUCAGCAGGAAUGAAAUAGUGUUGCAAUGCAGAAGCUCCGCCCAUAUCACUAGAAGAUAAAUACACCUUGAGUCACACCCACUCCACUAGUCAGCAGUAAAGUGAAACAGUCCAUAAGCUCCGCCCACUUUUACAGUCACUCAAGACUAUUGAAUAUAGUGCAGCAGUCCAUAAGCUCCACCCUCUUCACUAGUAAACGAGGCACGCCCACUGCAGUAGUCAGCAGUAAUGAAAUGUAGUGUUGCAUAGCAUAAACCCUACCCACUCCACUAGAAGAUAAAUGUAGUUUGAUACACAACCACUCCACUAGUUAGUAGGAAUAAAGUCAAGUGUAAUAGUCCAUAAGCCCCGCCCACUUUUCCAGUCACCCAUGACAGCAGAUUUGAAUAUAUUGCAGCAGUUCAUAAGCUCCGCUCACGCCACUUGUAAAUUCAGUCACGCCCACUACACUAGUCAGCAGGAAUGAAAUAUAAUGCAAGUCCAUAAUCCCCACCCACUCCACUAGUAUUUAAAUAUUGCUUAAGUCACACGUACUCCAAAAAUCAGCCAAAAUGACUCUAUAAGCCCCGCCCACUUUUUCAGUCACUCAUGACAGCAGUUUUAAAUAGUGCAGCUGUCCUUAAGCUCCACCCACUCCUUUAGUAAAUAAUGAGUCAUGCCUACGACACUAGUCAGCAUGAAUGAAAUCUGCAUAAGCCCCGCCUUUUCAGUCACUCAAUACAGCAGUUAUGGAAUGUACAACGCAGAUGUUCAUAAGCCCCGCCCACUCCACAAAUCAGUCAUAACAUCGGCUUCUAAAAUAUAGUACAGAAGCCCCGCCCACUGUCAAUCAGUCAACAACAUUUAUAAGUGUAUUACUCAAGCUCCGCCUUCUCUACAAAUCAAUCAACCAAGGAUAUAAACAACUGAGACUGCUAAUGUGACAUUUGUGGAGCCGGGCCGGCAGAAACAUGACUCAAGUCUCAGGUUCCGCUCAGAGUUAGAAACCAUAAUGGAGUGUAAUGAGCUUUUUACGUCUAAUUAAAACAGCAUUAGUUAAUCAAUGAGUGUGUUUACGUGUACAAUCUUACAGCAGAUAACAUGAUGUGCAAUUUUAUAAGUGGUCUAAGCAAAAUCUUUAUCAAGUGGAUUGUUUUGCCUGUUAAAAUGUCAUUUUUUUAGCACAGAAACACCUUUAGCAUGAGUUUAAUUGCAGUUGUUUAUUGAUUUCAAUGUUUGAAGCCAUGUUUGUUGUACAUGUAAACACUCAUCAAUGCUGUCAUUUGCAUUUUUUUGUGCAUUUUUUUUCUUACUUUUAAUCUUAAACUCAAUCUAUUUUACUCUAAGUAGCCUAGUAAUUUGGAUUUUCACCUAAUUGCUUAUUCAGAUUCAUUAGUUUUUCCCCAUUAAAUAAUUGUGUGAAUUGUAUUUAAGUGUUCUAAAUACAACAGGGUGGUUAGUAUAAGGUGUGUGCGCUUGUGGUGUGUGCGCUUGUGGUGUGUGUGCGAGACUGAAUUUGCUCUUCCUUCCUGAGAAACUAUGCGUGGAAUGUUUGUAAAGCUUAUGUCAAUUUUUACGGGCUGCGAGAAUGAAAGGCUGCUGACAAUUAAUUGUCUGACGGGUUAAGAUAAUUUCAUUACAGAGCAUGUAGUUCACACACAUGCUGAUCCCAGAGAAACACACAGCGCUGAGUGACACACACGUUAUUUGCGCACAUAAAUAAAUCAGUAAAUCAAUUGAAGCGGUUGCAGGAGCUCGUCCUGUUGGUGCUUUUCACACUCUGUUUGCAGGUUUAGUAGCUUAUGAAAAUGUUUUAGUUUUUAAAUAAUAAUAUAAAUUGGUAAAUAUUAAACAUAUCUUGUGCUUUAAUAUAUAAUCAGUUCAAUUCAUCUUUUUUUCUAUGGCGCUUUAACAAUGUAGAUUGUGUCAAAGCAGCUUGACAUACAGUAGAAGUUCUAAUAAAUGUAAACUGUGUCGGUCCAGAUUUCAGAGUUGAAGUUUAGUCUUGUUUAGUUCAGUGUGGUUUAAUUUUCACUCCAAACACUGAAGAGCAAAAGCAUCGAUAUAUUUUUUGUACUUUUAUUGCUGUGUUUGCAUGUAUAAUAGCUUAUGAAGUUUUAGUUUGUGAAGUCCUGAAUCUAUAUUGGUAAAUAUUAAAACAUUUAUUCAUUCAUU